GGAAAGUUGAGUUACAUAACUCGAUAUGGCGGCGGAGAUAGCGUUGAAAAUCGCACCUGUGCUGGAAGAUCGGGAGCGCAACUCAGAACUUGAUCAUGGGCCAGACGAGCUGUUUGCAAGUGAUGACGAAAAGAAGGAUAGUGGAGAUGAAGAGAAAUACGAAAAGCUCCUUAAGGAAAUCAGAUCGUUAUCAUCGAGUGGGAAAAAGAGGGUUGCAUCACAGCGAUCAGAGCCCCACAAACAGGUGUCAGAGUUUCAUCUCAGCUCUGUUAAAGAUAGCACACAACAAGUUGAUCUAAAUGAUCUUAUUGGGUCUUUGAACAACUCUAACGAGUAUGGCAGCCUGAAGAAAAAGUUG